AUGGAGAGGCUGGUAUAUUUGUGCCAGCACCGGUACCUGAAGAUGCCCAAGCCCAAUCCAACAAGUAUUGCAGCCAGUGACCUAUUCUGGAUAUCCAACAUCAACCGCAUCGUAUACAUUCACCAAGCCACCGGUUCCCACCUUUACACCAGCUCCUAUAACCCGCGUCCUUUGAAUCCACAUGCGCCCGGAACUCUCACAAAGUGUACUUUGUACAAGAAUGCAUUCAACGAUAUGGAUUCCGAAAUUCUCAAUUCAUGUGAGAACUGGGCAUCAGACUACAAAAUUGAAGUAGCCAGCUUGAUAAGCUGGAACCCUAGUCUGUCUACAACGAAUUGUUCUCUACAGGCAGGGUACAGCUACUGUUUGGACUCCAGUGUUCCUCCUGAAAUUUUUAACUGCUCGAGAUUUCCUGAACUGCUCAAUAUCACUGUUGCCGAUGUUAUGACAUCGAAUCCUCGGAUCGGCUCAAAUUGUGAUACUGCAUUAUGGAGUAAGCUGUCUACUGAUGGAUAUGAACAGCUUCGUGUUCAUAGGAAGCAAUGA